AUGCUUAUCUUUCUUUAUGCAAUCCUGCUUUUCCAUUACCUUCAUGUAAAGGCGGAAAAGACUCCUUGCCAAAUGAUGGGAGAUCCAAAGUACCCGCUGCUGUCAAAGGAUGGAGACGUAACUAUUGGAGGAAUUUUUGCAGUCCACAGUAAAGAAACAUUACCUUCAUUUGAUUUUAAACAAAAACCUCAGCUUUUAUCGUGCUCCAGUGUGAAUCUUAGAGAUUUUCGAUUGGCUCAAAUCAUGACCUUUGCCAUUGAUGAGAUUAACAGAAGUCAACAUUUACUCCCAAAUGUUUCAGUUGGCUACAGAAUAUAUGAUACAUGUGGUUCAAGGAUGUCUGCUAUGAGUGCAACUAUGGCAUUGAUGAAUGAUCAGGACUUUGCAGCAGGGGACAGAUGCAAUGGACAGUCUCCUAUACAUGCUAUUAUAGGGGAAACAGAGUCUUCUGCUACAGUGAUUCUGUCCAGAACUACAGGACCUUUUAAAAUUCCAGUGAUAAGUCACGCAGCUACAUGUGAAUGUCUCAGUAACAGGAAAGAUUACCCCUCUUUCUUCAGGACUGUUGCUAGUGAUUACCACCAGGGAAGAGCACUUGCAUACAUAGUCAAGCACUUAGGCUGGUCCUGGGUGGGAGCUGUGAACAGUGACAAUGACUAUGGAAACAAUGGAAUGGCCAUAUUUCUGAAAACAGCCAAAGAAGAGGGCAUUUGUGUAGAGUACUCUGAGAAAUUUUACCGAACAGAGCCUGAAAAACUCUUAAAAGUGGUAGACGUAAUAAAACGUGGCACUGCAAAAGUGAUCGUUUCAUUUAUUUCAUUUCUUGAAAUGGGCUUACUUAUGGAGCAGCUCAGUAUUCAGAACAUUACGGGCCUCCAAAUGAUUGGAGUGGAGGGAUGGAUAACUGCAAAUGGUUUGAUCACACCAAACAGUUUUCGUGUGCUGGGAGGGUCACUGGGGUUUGCAGUGAGAAAAAUCCUUAUUGAAGGGUUUUCAGAUUAUGUUAUAAAAGCAUUCUGGGACACAGCUUUUCCAUGUGCAAAAAGAAAUGGGAAUUCUUCUCAAAUUGAUUUAAAUUGCAGCAAAUAUCAAGAUUUACUUGUGCUGAACAAUUACAAUGAAGAUGUACCUGAACAGAGAUUUGCAAACAAUGUCUACAAAGCAGUGUAUGCUGUGGCUUAUGCACUAAAGAGUCUGCUUAGGUGCAAAGAACAGGAAGGUUGUGAAAAAAGCCUGAUAAUACAACCACAACAGGUUGUUGAGGCUUUGAAAAAGGUAAAUUUCACUGUAAAGACAGGAGAUCAUGUGCGGUUUGACAGCACUGGUUCUGCAGUAGCCCAGUAUGAAGUUGUGAACUGGCAGCAGGAUUCAGAUGGAUCAAUCCAGUUUAAACCAGUGGGUUACUAUGAUGCCUCAUUGCCCUCUUACCAGCGCUUUGUGCUUAACACUAAAAUUAUUGUCUGGGCUGGAGGUCAGCUGGAGAAGCCAAGGUCUGUUUGCAGUGAGAGCUGUCAACCAGGAACUAGGAAGGCUGCCCAGAAAGGAAGACCUGUCUGCUGUUAUGACUGUAUUCCAUGUGCAGAAGGAGAGAUCAGUAAUGAGACAGAUUCAAAUAACUGCAAGCAGUGUCCAGGGGAAUACUGGUCUAAUGCUGAGAAAAAUGAAUGUGUGUUAAAGGCUGUAGAGUUUCUUUCAUUCACAGAAGUUAUGGGUAUAGUGCUAGUUAUUUUCUCAAUGUUUGGAGUAGGAUUAACUGUGCUGGUGGCCACCCUGUUUUACAGCAAGAAGGACACCCCCAUAGUAAAAGCCAACAACUCAGAACUGAGUUUCCUGCUGCUCUUCUCACUGACUAUGUGUUUUCUCUGUUCACUUACUUUCAUUGGUCGGCCCACUGAGUGGUCCUGUAUGUUGCGUCACACAGCAUUUGGGAUCACGUUUGUCCUCUGUAUCUCCUGUGUUCUAGGAAAAACAAUAGUGGUGUUAAUGGCCUUCAAGGCUACACUUCCAGGAAACAAUGUCAUGAAAUGGUUUGGGCCUGCACAACAGAGACUCAGUGUUCUUGCCUUUACACUUAUACAGGUUCUUAUCUGUGUGUUGUGGCUAACAAUAUCUCCUCCUUUUCCAUAUAAAAAUAUGAAAUACUAUAAGGAAAAGUUAAUUCUUGAGUGCAGUCUGGGUUCUAUGAUUGGUUUCUCUGCUGUGCUGGGUUAUAUUGGCCUACUGGCUCUGUUGUGCUUCAUUCUGGCUUUUCUGGCUCGGACGCUGCCUGAUAACUUUAAUGAAGCAAAAUUCAUCACAUUCAGUAUGCUCAUAUUCUGUGCUGUAUGGAUCACAUUUAUUCCAGCUUAUGUCAGUUCCCCUGGAAAAUUUACUGUAGCUGUGGAGAUAUUUGCCAUUUUAGCCUCAAGCUUUAGUUUACUAUUCUGUAUAUUUGCACCAAAAUGUUACAUUAUCCUUUAUAAGCCUGAACAAAAUACAAAGCAACGUGUGAUGGGAAAGAUGUCAUCUAAGUCUUUAUGA